AUGCUUCUAAACCUAUUAACUUGGCAAGCAGCGAUCUCUGGCCUGAUAAAUGCCCGUUAUCACUUGAGUUUCGAACUAUCACCGUCCUCGGAUGAAGUUGACGGCGAUGAUGAUGAUCCACUAGCGUACGCAGGGGUUGGUCUGGAGAGUUCAGUGACGGUCUCUUUCAACGAUGCGUCAUUCAAGGAUAUUUUCAAGGACGUGAAAAUGGUCACCCGAUCCACAAGGACAAACUGUCUCACCGUCGACUACGCUGAGCUCGGCUCUUUCAGCAACUGCACCGGACCGUUGCGGCACACCCAGACGCUCCCCGAGACUCCGGACGAGAUGUCUGUGUUUUUCGUCUUGUACACACGGAGAUUCCCUCUGUCGGGCAAGGCGUUCACCUACGAGACUGUCGACAGCAUCGCGGACUACUUCGAGGGAGCCAGACGAGUGUACUUCGUAGUCCACGGUUUCGGAGCGAGCUCGGAAGGAAUUUGGGUCAAUGAUCUAAAGCACUGCCUCCUGAAGAGAGUGGACGCCCCCGUCAUAGUGGUCGAUUGGUCGAAGGGUGCCCGGCCGCCUUUCUAUGCUCAAGCUGCGGCGAAUACUGAGCUCGUGGGGAGACAGAUCGCAUUGCUGCUCCAUACUCUGAUGAUGAUCACCGACUUGGACCCAUCCGUGGUGCACUAUAUCGGUCAUUCCCUAGGAGCACAGGUCGCGAAAUUCUUCUCCACUUAUUUCCGGGAGUUGAGCAAAGGCCUCCUAAUCGGUAGAAUCACCGCGCUCGAUGCGGCAAGGCCCUUGUUCGAGGAUUACGGCGUUUCCGUGAACAAAUCGGAUGCGGUGUUUGUUGACGCGAUCCAUACGUCGGCUGGGACGCAUGUUCUCUUAGGGGAAUUGGGGGUCGUCGCUCCGAUCGGUCACAUCGACUUCUACGUCAACGGCGGCACCGACCAGCCGGGCUGUGGCUUUCCGCGACUCGCCUGCAGCCAUAAGAGAGCCCACCAAUAUUUCAUAAAAGCUGUUCGGUCGCCUGAUUGUCUGUUCGAGUCGUUCGCGUGUGAGGGAGGGCUCGAGGAAUGGAAAGAAGGGAGUUGCCGAAUCGUCCCGAAUUCGCGGAAUUUAAUCAGUCUUGACCUAACUCCUAAGAUGCCGGGCAGAGGCGAAGCGAUUGUGGAGUUGAGACACUUCCCACCCUACUGCGGGAGAGUGAUACGACAUCACCGUCUCAAUCGACUUGGAAAAUAA